AUGACGGCCCUGCAUGUCGCGGCCACGGCCGGACAUACAGAAAUUGUGGAGAUACGGGUGGAGAAAAUGUCACCAGAAGACUUGGAAAUGAAAGACACAAGUGGUAAUAUAGCUCUUACAGCAGCUAUUAUUUACAAUGCAAAUAUCAAAAUAGCCGAAUGCAUGGUUAAAAAGAACAAGAAAUUACCAACCAUGGUCGAUCAAGAGGAGACGAUGCCUGUGGUAUUGGCCUUUCAGUAUUGUCAUGUUGAAAUGGGUCGUUAUCUAUAUUCAGUUGCAUUGAUAGAAGAUUUAAAAUUGCGGGCCAAUCUUAAACAUGCUGCUGAGCUCAUAAGCCAAGCGAUAAUUGUGAAAUGUUAUGGAUAUCCAAGUGGAUGUCUGCUAAAAUUUAGGCAAAAAUGGAUAUAUGAAUGUUAG